UGAGCCGGGCUGCGGCGCCGAUCUCAGUGCAGUCAUGGUGGCCCCGAUGUAUGGCUCCCCCGGCGGCCGCCUGGCCCGGGCGCUGACGCGGGCGCUGGCGCUGGCCCUGGUGCUGGCCCUGCUGGUCGGGCUUUUCCUGAGCGGCCUGACCGGCGCGAUCUCAACCCCGAGGGGCCACCGGGGACCGGGUAGGCCUGUCCCACCCGCCUCCCGCUGCCGCUCGGUGCUCCUGGACCCUGAGACGGGCCAGCUGCGCCUGGUGGAUGGCCGCCACCCUGACGCCGUGGCCUGGGCCAACCUUACCAACGCCAUCCGCGAGACCGGGUGGGCCUUUCUGGAGCUGCACACAAAUGGCCACUACAACGACAGCCUGCAGGCCUAUGCAGCGGGUGUGGUGGAGGCCGCCGUGUCCGAGGAGCUCAUCUAUAUGCACUGGAUGAACACGGUGGUGAAUUACUGCGGCCCCUUCGAGUAUGAAGUCAGUUACUGCGAGAGGCUCAAGAAGUUCCUGGAGGCCAACCUGGAGUGGAUUGAGAAGGAGAUGGAGUUGAACAAUGGCUCUGCUUACUGGCACCAGGUGCGGCUGACCCUCCUGCAGCUGAAAGGCCUAGAGGACAGCUAUGAAGGCAGUGUGACCUUUCCAACUGGGAAGUUCACCAUCAAACCCUUGGGGUUCCUACUGUUGCAGAUCGCUGGGGACCUUGAAGACCUAGAGCUGGCCCUGAAUAAGACCAAGACCAAGCAUGCUUUGGGCUCUGGCUCCUGCUCCGCCCUCAUCAAGCUGCUGCCUGGUCAGAGUGACCUUCUGGUUGCCCACAACACUUGGCACUCCUACCAGUACAUGCUACGCAUCAUGAAGAAAUACUGGUUCCAGUUCAAAGAAGGACCCCAAGAGCAAUCUACCCCGGCUCCCGGCAACAGGGUGACCUUCUCAUCCUACCCUGGUACCAUUUUCUCCUGUGAUGACUUCUACAUCCUGGGCAGCGGACUGGUGACCCUGGAGACCACUAUUGGCAACAGGAACUCAGCCCUGUGGAAGUACGUGGAGCCCAAGGGCUGUGUGCUGGAGUGGAUGCGCAAUGUCGUGGCCAAUCGCCUGGCCUUGGAUGGGGACUCCUGGACCGAUAUCUUCAAGAGGUUCAACAGCGGCACGUACAACAACCAGUGGAUGAUCGUGGACUACAAGGCAUUUGUCCCCGGUGGGCCCAGCCCUGGGAAAAGGGUGCUUACCAUUCUGGAGCAGAUCCCGGGCAUGGUGGUGGUGGCCGACAAGACCUCAGAGCUCUACCAGAAGACCUACUGGGCCAGCUACAACAUCCCGUCCUUCGAGUCUGUGUUCAACGCCAGUGGGUUGCCGGCCCUGGUGGCCCGCUUUGGGGACUGGUUCUCCUAUGACGGGAGCCCCCGGGCCCAGAUCUUCCGACGGGACCAGUCGCUGGUACACGACCUGGACUCCAUGAUCCGGCUUAUGAGGUACAACGACUUCCUGCACGACCCCCUGUCCCUGUGCAAAGCUUGCAACCCCAAGCCCAACGGGGAGAACGCCAUCUCGGCCCGCUCCGACCUCAACUCAGCCAACGGCUCCUACCCCUUCCAGGCCCUGCACCAGCGCUCCCACGGGGGCAUCGACGUGAAGGUGACCAGCGCAGCACUGGCCAAGGCCUUGCGCCUCCUGGCUGUCAGCGGCCCCACGUGGGACCAGCUGCCCCCCUUCCAGUGGAGCACCUCGCCCUUCAGCACCCUGCUGCACAUGGGCCAGCCCGACCUCUGGAAGUUCUCCCCCAUCGAGGUCUCGUGGGACUGAGGCUCCGUCUCUGCUCUGCUGCCUUCGGCCCCGGCUGACCCCAGCGGGGCCCCCCGACGGGCUGCCCCCCCGCCCUCCCGCCUGUGCCGCCCCCCACCCCUGGUGUGGUGUUGCCCCACGCUGUGCCCAGAUCUGGGACCUGGGUUGGCCAGGUUCGCUCUCGCCUGGGCGCCUCCUGGGUGGGGAACGGUACCCGAUGGGGCCCAGGACUGACUCUCUCCCCCUAAGCGGGUGAUGCCAUCGCCGUCUCUCUCUGCCUCUCAGCGUUUCUCUCUCUCUCCCUGCUUUUCUCUCUUCCACCCUCGGGCCCUCUCCUCACGCCAGCCCUUCCUGAGGGCGGGAGAGGGUCCCCAGUGGGACCGACAGGAGAGGCCUGUUCCAGUGCCUACCUCCCAGCGCCAUUCCUGCCGGCAGCUCUGAAGCUUCAGCGCCCGAAACCCGGGCAUUGCCUCCAAUUGGCAUCGCUCCUCCCAAGCCCCUGACCCUGGCCCCUCUGCUCCCUCAGGAAGCAGCGCCCCUGUUUCUGCUCCUGGAAGCUUCCUCAGAGAUAGAAACUUGAAACCAAACAAGAACCAAAGUUUCUGGCCACUUAUGGCUGGCGGGGCCCGAGGGUCCUUCUCUCUCCAGGGGCAGGCAGGCGUGUCAGCCACCUGCUGCAGCCUCGUGCCCCCGCCCCCUGGCCCGGACCUGCCCCGGCCUCUGGGCAGUGCCCACGGGUCCCCUGCUACAGCAACCGAGUCGCAGGCCGCACCGCCAUUAAACCAGAGAGGCCGUGGCCCCUGUGCUGUGCUUCUUGGGGGCAGUGGGGAAGGCUGGGUCGGUGCCCUUUCUCUUCUCAGGUUUGAGUUCUGACCCAUGCAUCCUGUUGUCUGUCCUAAUGUCUGUUCAUCUAUACAUUCAUUCACCUGCCAACCCACCCACCCCUUGUCCAUUUGCACAGUCAUCCAUCCAUCCAUCCGUCCAUUUUCUGAUCAUCCAUCCAUCCAUCAUCCAAAUAUUGACCCAUCCAUCCAUCCAUCCAUCCAUCCAUCCAUCCAUCCAAUCUGUCUGACCGUCCAUCUAUCCAUAUGUGUAUCGAACACCUGCUUUGUCUGGGGUCCUGUUCUAGGGCUCUGUUAACCACCAAGACCUUCCCAAGUCUUACCGGGGGUUGGGAGGGAGAUACCACAGAUCAACACAAUAGAGUCCCUCCCCACCUGAUCUUACCCAGAGCCUACAGUGGAGAUGACUCGCGCAGUGCGAUGUGCUUGGGAAGAGGUAAGCACACAGCCCUGGAGUCCUGAGUUCGAAUCCUGUCUCCACCUCUCCCUAGUUUUGGGACUUAACCUCUCUGAGCCUUGGGUACUGCACCUGUAAAAUAGGUAAUGAUGGGAGCAGCAUUUCCCUGCGUGUGUGUUAGAGGGUGAGGAUUUGCUGCAGUGGUGGCUGUGACAUAGCCCACACAGGGCCUCACACACUCAACAUUCAUUCCUUAGCAAGAAUGUAUCGAAUACUUAGAACAUAAGAUCCUGGGGGUACCUCAUAACAGGUACCACCAAAAAAAACCAACCAGAAAACAAACCAAACCCUGCUCUUGUGACGUUUACAUUGGGGAGGUAGAUAGUAAAAAAAGAUAAACAUACAGCGUGAAAGAUGCUGGUGAAUGCUCUGGAGAAACUAUAGCACAGUUGAGGGCUGGGGAUGUAUUUGCUUUUUUUUUUUUUUUUUUUUUGUCCUCGCUGCAUGGCUUGCAGGAUCUUAGUUCCUGGACCAGGGAUCAAACCCAUGCCCCCUGCAGUGGAAGUGCAGAGUCUUAACCACUGGACUGCCAGGGAAUUCCUGGGUUUGCUACUUCUCACCAUAGCUUUACAGUUCCUGUUAUCUGGGAUUUGACAACUUGUAGGUCUAAACAUUAACUUUUCUCCUGGUACGCUUCCCAGCUCCCUUAAGAACGUUGCCUUUCCCGGGUCUCUUGAGCUCACAACAGCCCUGUUAGGUGGGGGAGGCCGGGAUGUUCACAUGCGGUUGAAAAAGGAGGAUGCAUACUUGGAGGAGGGGAGUGACGUGCCUGAAAUCUCACAUCUUGGGCCUGUCAGAACUAGGAUGGGGGCCCAGGUCUGCAGACUCUCCCUUGGGACACAGCCCUCCCUAUCUCCCUGUGACGGCACAGGCCCCAGCAGAACAGCGGUCACCCCACUCCCACCCCCUCGCCGUGUGCCAGCCGCCAGAUCUUCCCAACCACUCCUGAGGCUGAGGCUUCUGUGAGACCCAUUUGGCAGAUGAGCAAUUAGAGGCUCAGGGUGGUGGAACUCAAACAGGGCCGCUCUGUAGGAAGGGGCAUCUCUUGUCUAGUCCCUAGAAUGAUUCUGGUCCUUGUCUGCUUUUCAGGAGUUAAGGGUGGGCGUGAAGCUAAGGUGACUGAACAGAGAAUGGGGGGUCAUGCAGAUGGUGCCCCACUGGAGCUUCAGCUGACCCGGUAAAGCAAGACCCACCUUUGCAGGGGCAGCUGGAAAGGCAGUUUCCCUCAGCACCUGUGCGCUGGGAGUUUCCCACAAUCCUCAGGUUCAGGAUGGCAGCCACAGGCUCAUCUGUGGCUUCUGCCUUCCCCUGCAGGACAAGGGUCUAGCCAGCUGGUCAGCCCCGGACCACAGCGGCUCCUCUUCCAGUGGGCAGAGGUGUCUGCCUCCCUUCUUUGGGGAUUUCGUGCCUGACUCAGGCGGGACAGCAGAAGCUGGAAAGGCUCCUAUUCUGGGCAGGUUUCCCUGAAUUGAGUACUAUUUUAAGCCCCUUCUGUCCCACUGGGAACGGUUCUGGGGCCAAGGGGCUGAUGAUUUCCCAUCCCUGCCUGCCCUUUCCUGAUGUCCUGUUUCCUGGGUUUUUAAAGUACAUGUGCUGUCCCUCCUGGCUAGAAAUCAGCACGUAGGCCUGUCACUGGGGUUGGGUUUUCCUUGCAAUCUCCCGGCACCUGCUCUUUGUCGAGGUGGGUGGGGGACUCUGCAAGCCCAUGUGGGUUUGUGUGGUAUCCUGAGGGGUUAGGAUAGUUCUCCAACUUCACUUUGAACUUGCGCAUCCACUAGGGUCCCGGGGGCUGCCAUAGGAGGUGCAGGGAUCUUCUUGAGUGGCUGUGGGGGGCUCCCUCCAGGACUCGAGGCAGCCCCGGCAGUGCCUCUUCUGUCCGGCUUAUAGGCUGGCUUGGGUAACGUGCUGUCCUUGGAAGAGAGGGUUUGUGUUUGAUAGGGUUUGCUUGACAUUGACCAGAGGUGGGCGUCCAUUGUCAGUUGACACACCCCCAGGGAUGGGGGUCUCACUACGCUCCCAGCGGUUCUGUGAUAAAAUCAUUGUUACCAGCAAGGGCUUCCUAUCAGAAUGAGCUUGGGACUCAUCUGCCUUCCUAGCCGGUUCUCCACUGGAGGCCCUCGUCCCACCCCAAGCCCCUCUUGUUCGGCACCGUUCCCCCUUACCUGCUCCUGCCGUGCAGGGAGAUGCCCCCUCCUGGCACACAGGCCCAGCCUGUGCGGGACUUGGGGUCCUGGCCUCCAAGUGGGUCCCCAGGGGGCUGGAGGAUGGAGAGGUGCUCAAUGUUGAGAGCCGGGGUCAGGGGUGGGCGGUGGCGGGGC